UUCUGAAGCUCUGGCACUCAACCCCGUUGGAUGAUCAACGUUUAUCCAACCUACAGCUUUUGGAUUUUCGUGACUACACCUAAUUAACUCCUCCACCCAAAGUAAUACGUGCGAUCCGGUUCGGUGUCAGUGAUCAAUAACGACCAAUUCUCCACCUAGCCACCACAAAGUGCGGGGUGUACUUUCCAUUCUCUCAAUUCCCAUCGUGGCCAAAGUAACAACGUGCGGACCUUCCGACCCGCCCUUUUUUCUCACCUGCCGCUCUCAACAAGCACACCUAGUUGACAUCAAGAAAGCCGAGCCGAGCAUUAUUUCUCUGGUUUGCCUUCCACCUCGCCUCCGUUAGACUGGUCUCAUUGUCAGACGUCUAUUCACAAACGAUGCCUGGUAAACUCAUAGUGGAGAGUUAGCUGCUCGAUACUCACUUGUUCGGCAUUCACUUGGUUCCGAAAUCCAGCAUUUGCUGCACUCAACAUCUACUUUUACGCCCGUUUACCUGCGUAAACUUCCUGAACAACCCGCCGCGGCCGCGUCGCCGACAUCUCUUUGUUCGUCCGUUGGGACGUCGAGCACCUUCACCAUGGAUGAUGUGGAUAUAUCCGACGUGAUUCGGGCCAAAGACCAGCUAGUGCAAGAUCUGCUGCCGCCUAUAAUUGACCAUGGAGUCCUCAUACCCCUCAAAACCACUCUAGAGAUUCGAGACGACCAUGUAUACGGCCAAGCUCUCAUUACGCGCGCUCCUCUCCGGGCUACUAGCUUGGUGGUCAACAUGUUGCAUACUGUGCUACCGGAGGAUGUUGUUAAGGGCAUGUCUCACCUCCGUCGAUGCUCCAAGCCGUGUGACUUACCAGCACACCUCAAGUCCCAGUUUAUGAACGAGACGGUUCAGACACGACAAAUGCAUACGGGGAAGGCUCCGUACGUUUACAUCAUGAUUGGUGUGGAAUCUCUUUUUGAGGUGGAGGACAUAUUCGAUCGGCUUUCCAAGAUUGAGGGAAUGGACGAAGAUGAUGUUUUCAUGGCCAGCAUCCCUGUUCCGCUGCUUCCUCCGACAUCGCAGGUCCAAGCUGCUCUCUGGUGCAAUCAUUUCUGGCCUACAGUAUAUCGCAAGAACAACCCUCUCGGUCCGCAUCCUAGCAUAGUAGCCAGGGCAACAGAUGAGGUUUCUUCAGAUGCGGCUAUAUGGAUGGCUCUCGCUCACAAGGUGGCAAGUAAAACAGCUGCCGCUGGGCUGGGCAUAGCGGUUGGAGCUUGCAUCAUCCAGCGCCUGGAAACCGGCGAGACCAAGCUUGUUGCCUUGGCGGGGGAUGCUCGGUGGUCUCACCAACCAGGCGGACAGGAGACUGGCUCCUGUACCGGAAACCCUAUGGCUCAUGCUGUCCUCCGGGCCAUCAGCAUGGUGGCACGCAAGCUGGUACGUGCUGAGAACAGACAGGGUCCCUCGCUUUCGAACGCGCCGCUAUCUGUGGAUUUUGAUCCGUUCCAGGACGAGCCGAUGCUCGAUGAGGAACGCAAGGUCUUCGAUGAUGACCACCCGUCGCCGGAGGGUUAUCUCUGCCAUGGCCUUGAGCUCUAUUUGACGCACGAGCCGUGUGUGAUGUGCUCCAUGUCCAUCCUGCACUCGCGCAUGGGCAAAGUCAUUCUUGCUCAGCGAAUGCCACUUACCGGCGGAAUGUGUUCCGAGGACCGCAUUUUGGAUGAGAGCAUGUAUCCUGGGCUCACUGAUAGACUCGGUGGUGGUCACGGACUCGGUCUUUUCUGGCGUCGCGAACUCAACUGGAGCUUGCUGGGCUGGGAAUGGGAACCACCGUCCCCGGAACUCGAGCCAGAGACGCUAUCACCCGAAAUCCAUGCUUGAGGAUAUGAUCAGUUUGACCGCUGAUUUACAACAACCUAUCAAACAUGCUCACCGGGGUAAUGAGGCACUCAUAGGUUGCUCGUUUUACUCUCUUCGUUUGGAGGACGCAGGUAGAGGGUUUAGGCAGUCCUCUUUUGAGUUUUUUUUUUUUUUUUUUUUUUUU